AUCUGACCAUCAGCGACACAGCUCCUGGCUUUGAACACAAUAGCACUGCAUACCCCAGAACAAGCGGCAUGAAGGGGAGAGGGGAUAAAGCUGAAUGUUACCCUCAUCCUUAAUGGAGAAUCAUGCCACCAUGCUGUAUGAAGGAUGGCAUGAAGCUACAAUGAGUGCACAGGGGAUUAACAAUGAUGAAAGAAUGGAGCGACUGGGCUAUAUUAAAGGAUUAUUAAAGGAUUGGACAGGCUAGAUGUUCCCGAUGUUGGGAGAGUCCAGAUCCAGGGGUCACAGUUUAAGAAUAAGGGGUAGGCCAUUUAGGAUUGAGAUGAGGAAAACAUUUUCUCCCAGAGAGUUGUGAAUCUGUGGAAUUCUCUGCCACAGAAGGCAUUGGAGGCCAAUUCACUGGUUGUUUACAAGAGAGAGUUAGCUCUUAGGGCUAAAGGAAUCAAGGGAUAUGGGGGAAAAGCAGGAUACUGAUUUUAGAUGAUCUGCCAUGAUCAUAUUGAAUGGCGGUGCUGGCUCGAAGGGCCGAAUGGCCUACUCCUGUUCCUAUUUUUUGCUAUGUUUCUAUGUUUAGGAGGAUGAGGCAUACAAAAUGAUGAGAGAAAUAGGUUAAGUCUUUUGCCCAGAGCAGGGUAAUUGAGAAGCAGAGGACACAGAGGUUAGGAGGAAAAGGUUUAUCAAAUGGGAACCUGAAGGGUAACGUUUUUUAUACCAAGCGUGGUGGGUGUAUGGAAUGAGCUGCUGGAGGAGGUAGUUGAGGCAGGCACUAUCACAACAUUUAAGAAACAGGGGAAUAUGGUCCAAACGCAGGCACAUGGGACAUGUUGGCCUGUGUGGUAAGUUGGUCAGUAGAGGCUGUUUCCAUACUCGAUGGCCCUCUAUAUUGCCUGGACUCGAUGGGCCUGAGGUACAGGGAGAGAUUGGCCAGGCUAGGACUUUAUUCGUUGGAGCACAGGAGGCUCAGGAGUGAUCUUAAAGAGGUGCACAUAAUCAGGAAGGGAAUAGAUAGAGUGAAUGUACUCUCAUUUUCUCAGGAUAAAGGAAUCAAGAACUAGCAUAAAUAGGUUUAAGGUGGGAUGGGGAAAGAUUUAGUAGAAACCUAGAGGACAACUUGGGCGGAAGGGACUGGCCCUUCUUGGUUUUAUGACCCUGUGUUCAUCAUGACCUUCACCUGUAUGUGACACAUUUUCAUGCAGCAUGUGAGACGAGUGUGUGGGGCAGGGGAAAGGAGCAGGGUAACUGGGGUGGAGGGAGAUGGUGCAAGGGAUAGUCAUAGGGAUAGGCAGCAUGGGGGCAUAGUCCUCAAUUUACUUUGAGAUAGAUGUUGAACUUUUUCCCUCUGACAUAGUCCCAUGUUAAGGCUACAGCUAUAUUUUCCUUGGGCAGUGAUCCAAAUAUGAUCUUCAUUCUCCAGUCUUUAUCACCGUUGUGUGUCAGGCCUCAUUGGUUGAUGAGAUUCCUUUCUGUUUCACAAGCUCGGCGCAUGUAGUGUCGAUGUGGACAUUAAACACAAUCUUGCUGCAGAGAAUCUGAAACCUAUGUUCAUAAGCACUGGUUAAACUCUGCCCAAUAUUAUUUGCAAAGUCAAUGGUGAGCAAAAUCAGUGGUGUACAAAAUCAAUAGUGUACAAGAUCACUGGUGCACAAAAUCAAUGGUGUACAAAAUCAAUGGUGAACAAAAUCAGUGGUAUAAAAUCAGUGGUGUAUAAAAUCAAUGGUGUACAAAAUCAAUAGUGUACAAAAUCAAUGGUGUACAAAAUCAAUGGUGUACAAAAUCAAUGGUGUACAAAAUCAGUGGUUUACAAAAUCAAUGGUGAACAAAAUCAAAUGGUGUACAAAAUCAAUGGUGUACAAAAUCAGUGGUGUACAAAAUCAAUUGUGUACAAAAUCAAAGGUGUGCAAAAUUUGGUGUUCAAAAUCAAUGGUGUACAAAAUCAGUGGUUUACAAAACCAAUGGUGAACAAAAUCAAAUGGUGUACAAAAUCACUGGUGUACAAGAUCACUGGUGUACAAGAUCACUGGUGUACACGAUCACUGGUGUACACGAUCACGUGUACAAAAUCAAUGGUGCACAAAAUCAAUGGUGAACAAAAUCAAUGGUGCACAAAAUCAAUGGUGAACAAAAUCAAUGGUGAACAAAAUCAGUGGUGUAUAAAAUCUCUGGUGCACAAAGUCAGCGCGUUCCUUCCAUUUCAGAGCAAAGCCCCAGCUGCAAUGUCCAUCCAAGUAUGAAGCUUCAUUGGGUUGCAUUCCUCAUGAACCUGUGUAGGAAGGAACUGCAGAUGCUGGUUUACACCAGAGAUAGACACAUAAUGCUAGAGUAAUUCAGCAGGACAGGCAGCAUCUUUGGAGAGAAGGAAUGGGUGACAUUUUUGGUUGGCAUCGGGCUGGCAUCUGACCUUAAACAUCACCCAUUCCCUCUCUGCAGAGUUGCUGCUGCCUGUCCCGCUGACUUCCUCAUUAACUUUCUUUCUGUUUCAUUCGGUCUAACUGAAGAGGACCUGCUCCAGGCUGACCAGCUUAGUUUAGAGUCUGUGGGCAGCCGGUUGCAAGUGAACCUAUUGAUGUGAACCAUUAACUGGGUCAUGUGUAGCAAGGUGUAGACUGCAACCUCUGUAUGUUCACUUCUGUCCGAGGUCACUAUUCAACCUGUUUGUUUCUUCAAAUGGGAUAGUCAGAGUCGGAGUUAAAGUGAAAGGGGGUAAAGGGAUAGUUAAUGACCCCAGAAUUAACGGGAAAGGAAGCUCACAAAGGGAUAGGAGAGUAUGGCCAAGUGUAUUAGGGAUCGAUGUGAAAGGUGAGAUGCGUAAGGAAUUAAAAGUAUUGUAUAUGAAUGCGCAAAGUAUAAGAAGUAAAGUAGAUGAGCUUGGCUCAGUUAGAGGUUGGUAGAUAUGACAUGGUGGGGAUUACUGAGACGUGGCUGCAGGAGGAUCGGGCCUGGGAACUAAAUAUAAUCAGGGUUAUACAGCCUAUAGAAAGGUCAGGCAGGUGGGCAGAGGAGGGGGGGUAGCUCUGCAGGUGAAGGAUGGAAUUCAGUCCCUUGUGAGGGAAGAAAUAGGGACUGAUGAGGUAGAGUCACUGUGGAUUGAGUUGAGGAAUUGUAAAGGCAAGAAGACACUAAUUGGUGUUAUCUACAGACCCCCAAAUAGUAGCCCGGAUGUAGGGUGUAAGUUGCAGCAGGAGUUAAAACUGGCAUGUAACAAAGGUAAUGCCACUGUGGUGAUGGGGGAUUUCAAUAUGCAGGUAGACUGUGAAAAUCAGGUUGGUUCAGGACUCUUUGGUCCUAUACUCAACUCCUCUUGUUAUGAAGGCCAACAUGCCAUUAGUUUUCUUCACUUCCUGCUGUACCUGAGUGCAUACUUUCAGUGUCUGAUGUACAAGGACGCCCAGGUCUCGUUAUUCUGAGGAUGGGUUUCGGAAUUGAGAGGAGGCAAUAGUGUAUAUGCAAGAUGUUAGUGGUAUGACUAGUGGUGUGCCUCAGGGUUCGGUGCUGGGUCCAAUGCUGUUUGUCAUCUAUAUCAAUGAUUUGGAUGAGAACGUACAUGGCAAGAUUAGUAAGGGUGCAGAAGAGACAAAUAUGGGUGAUAUUGCAGAUAGUGAAGAUGGUUGUGAAAAAUUGCAUCAGGAUCUUAAUCGGUUGGCCAGGUGGUCUGAAGUAUAGUUGGUAGAUUUUAAUACAGUGAUAUAUGAGGUGGAGUACAAAUUUCUUGUAACGUAGUAGGAUCAGGGGUGAUCUUAUAGAGGUGUAUAAAAUCAUGAGAGGAAUAGAUCAGGUAGAUGACCAGAACAUCUUGCCCAGAGUAGGGGAAUCGAGGACCAGAGGACAUGUAUUAAGUGAUGGGGAACGAUUUAGUAGAUUCUGAAGGGUAACUUGUUCACACAAAGUGGGGUUGGUGUAUAGAAGAAGCUGCCAGAGGAGGCAGUUGAGGCAGGGACUAUUGCAAUAUUUAAUAAACAGUUAGACAGGUACAUGGAUAGGACAGGAGUAGUGGGAAUUGGGCAAAUGCAGGUAGGUGGAACUAGUGUAGCUGGGACAUGUUGGCCGGUGUGGCCAAGUUGGACCGAAGGGCCUGUUUCCACACUGUAUCACUGUGACUCGAGAGUCGGAGGAGAUAUAAUCCAGAUAACUGUGGGACUCAGUAGGUUUGUAGUAAGUGUCAGUCAAUGGUCUGUCUCCUGUAAUAGAGACAGAGAAAUCAAGAAAGGGGAGAGAGGUGUCAGAGAUAGUCCAGGUGAAUUUGAGGGCAGGGUGGAAGUUAGUGGUGAAGUUAAUGAAAUUAAUGUGUGAGUUGUGCAGGGGUGCAGGAGGCAGCCCUGUUGCAGUCGUCGAUGUUGCAGAGAAAGCGUUGGGGGACGGGGCCAGUGUACGUCUGCAACAAGGACUGCUCGACGUCAGUGGCAAAAAGGCCGACAUAGCUGGGGCCCAGACAAGUGCCCAUGGCUACACCUUGAACUUGGAGAAAGUGAGAGCAGUCAAAGGGACAGGUGGGAUUGGACAAGUCUUUGACUAUGUCGGCUGUUUUUCCGAGGCAGCGUGAAGUGUGGAUGGAGUCAAUGGUGUGACGUUAGGUGUGUGUGUGAUGGGCUGGGCUACGUCUACAAAAUGGUGGAAGGCAUGUCUUGUCAGGCUGUGGCAGAGCUAGUCUGUGUCUGGGUCACUCUUCACACUUAUGUUCUCCCAACAGAUCACUCAUCACCCACUCCCACCAGCACCGCUUCAUCAGUGAAUACUUCACUCACAUCAUCUUCAGAUCACUCAUCACCCACUCUCACCAGCACCGCUUCAUCAGUGAAUACUUCACUCACAUCAUCUUCAGAUCACUCAUCACCCACUCCCACCAGCACCGCUUCAUCAGUGAAUACUUCACUCACAUCAUCUUCAGAUCACUCAUCACCCACUCCCACCAGCACCGCUUCAUCAGUGAAUACUUCACUCACAUCAUCUUCAGAUCACUCAUCACCCACUCCCACCAGCACCGCUUCAUCAGUGAAUACUUCACUCACAUCAUCUUCAGAUCACUCAUCACCCACUCCCACCAGCACCGCUUCAUCAGUGAAUACUUCACUCACAUCAUCUUCAGAUCACUCAUCACCCACUCCCACCAGCACCGCUUCAUCAGUGAAUACUUCACUCACAUCAUCUUCAGGUAUAUCUACAGAGAAACCCUAAACUCUCUCAAAAUCAAAAUGGGUGUCAACACAUGCGUGGGAUUUACUUUGGUGAAUACCAAAUAGAAUAUUGUUACAGGAUGCUAAUUGUCUAAAUAUAAAUAUAAAUAUUUUGUUUGUCUUGCCCAGACGUCCAUGCUUAGUGUUUACAGAUACAGCCUGGAAACAGGUCCUUUGGAUCACCAAGUCCACACCGGCCUUCACGCUAGUUCUAUCUUAUCCCACUUGUUCAUCCACUCCCUCCACACCAGGAGCAAUGUACAGAGGGCCAAUCAACCUACAAUCCCGAAUGUCUUUGAUAUGUUGGAGGAAACCGGAGCACCCGGAGGAAACCCACGUGGUCUCUGGCGCUGUGAGGCAGCAACUUUACUGGCUGCAUCACCGUGCUACCAGAGUGUAUGGUGUGAUUACUUUUACCUAAUGGCUUGGAUCUUUGUCAGCAGCGUGGCUGAGUUAGUACAGACUAAUUGUAGCUGGUGGAGUUCACAGCAGCCGAGUGAGAGACGCAGCAAGCGAAUAUUGCUUCAGUUCACAGCAGGAACCUGAGAAGUAUAGCGUUUGAAGAUUUAAUUAUGGCAUGCAUUGCUGUUGUCACUUUUGUUGUAGGCAACAACUCCUCAGUCACACACCCCAGCACGGCUCCAACAACACACACGCCAGAUCGAAGUAUGUUCUGCCAACAAUUUCCUCCGUUUCUCACCAGACUGCACCUUUAUUGCUCGGAACGAAGUCCUCCCUGCUUGACUAUCCUUGCACCGCACUCUUUAUAUUUUUUGUGUUGCAAAAAAAUAUAUGCAGUUUUCAGGUAGUUUGCUCGACUUUAUCCUGGAAAACCGUCUGUUGAUUACUUCCCUUCACUGAGUUAGCAGAGUGGGAGUGUGGGUUUUUAAAAUUAUCCAGCAGACAUGCGAUAUCAGUCCCGCAUUUGAACAACAGGUUUCUCAUGGAACACAGCCACCAGCAGAACUACUUUGUGUGGGGAGGAACUGCAGAUGCUGGUUUAAACCGAAGAUAGACACAAAAAGCUGUAGUAACUCAGCGGGACAGGCAGCAUCUCUGGAGAGAAGGAAUGGGUGAUGUUUCGGGUCGAGUCCCUUCUUCAGUCUGGUUAGGGAUAAGGGAAACGAGGGAUAUAGACGGGGAUGUGGCGAGAAAAAUUCCAAUGAAUGAAAGAUACGCAAAGAAAUUCAAUUCAAUUCAACUUUAUUGUCAUUGCACAGAUACAAGUAUGGGUACAACGAAAUGCAGUUUAGCGUCAGUCCGUAGUCAUAGUGCAAUAUAGAAAUAAAAAUACAGAAUAAGCAAACAAUGUGGACGGAGAGACAGGAGAAAUCUAUCGGCGGGACUCCAAGGUCAGCAAUGUGAUAGUGUUGUUGUAGAAGCUGUUCCUCAUCCUACUGGUACGAGACCUGAGGCUCCUGUACCGCCUCCCUGAUGGGAGGAGGGCAAACAGUCCAUGGUUAAUAAUAAUAAUAAUAAUAAUAAUAAUAAAUGUUAUUUUCAGGCGCCUUUCAAAAUCUCAAGGACAUCUUACAGAAAUUAACAGAAGAGAAAAAACAUAUAGUCGGAGUAAAAUAAAUAAUAAGGACAUCACCAAUACACAAAUUAAAGACAGAAAUCGCUCCAAAGACAAAAAAUCAAAAAAAAACACAAUGUGAAAGAGAGAGCAGCGACAGCUAAAGCGCGCCAGCGUCCACUCUCCCAUCCUGGACACAGACUAACAUAUUAACUUCCACACAGGAAAAAAUCAUCCCCCCACAAUGGUUACCACUGUGGGGGAAGGCACAAUGUCCAGUCCCCAUCCCCAGUUCACCCAAAGUCAGGCCUAUUGAGGCUUCCGCUAUUGCCUCUACGGAGGCCCGAUGUUCCUGGCCGUUCUGGCCGGAUGGCGUUGCCCCAGCGUCGCGAGAGUCCUCUCAGCGGCUGGGCCACCUGGAACGGCCACUUCCUAGCUGGGGACCGCGGAUUCCGAAGCCGACAAGGCCGCGCCGGUUUGGAGCUCCCAGGCUCCCGAUGUUAGAGUCGGCGCCGCCCGCUCCGCUCCACAGACCCGCAGCCCGGAGGUGUUGAUCUCGACGGUCACAGCUGACCGGAGCUCCAGCGCAUCGAUCCAGCGCGGCGACCCAGGCAAGGCAUCGCCCGCUCCGCUCCGCGAUAGCGCUCCAGCGCUGUGCCGCCACCGAAGCCGAGGUGCUGGGCGGUCCCCGCCAGGAAACGGCGCUCCAAGCCCGCUGGUAGGCCAUGAGGACGGGUCGACAGGGCAGCCCGGAGAAAGAGCUGCCUCACCGACCAGGUAGGGACCUAGAAAUAUAGUUACCCCCUACCCCCCACAUUAAAAAGUCCAUUUCUCCAACGGACGAAGCACAAGACAUACUAAGAACUACAAAAAAAAGUGAAUUAAACGGACGGCUGCUGUUCACCAAGAUGGCUCCUCCCCCGGUUAGGGUGGGAGGGGUCUUUAAUGAUCUUCCCGACCCGUCUCAGACACUGUUUUCGAUGGAGGACAUCUAUGGCAGGGAGCGGGGCACCGAUGAUGUACUGAGCGGUUUUCACCACCCGUUGUAGUGCCUUCUUGUCAGCUAUGGUGCAACUGCUGUACCAUACCGUGAAGCAGGUGGUCAGGAUGCUUUCGAUGGUACAGCGGUAAAA